AUGGCAGGUCUGAAGCGCGAGUCGCUAGCCACAGCGUCCAGCUCCACUGAGCCCAAGAAGCCCCGCCUGAAUGUGCGUGGUGUUAAGGCUGAGGUCUCGACAUUCGUAGAUGAUCUGGAGAAGAUGGCACCUAUCUCCACAAAGGCCACUUCGUGGCUGCGCAAGCCCCUGGGACCUCUCGACCCGAGCACCGACUCGGUAGCUUUUCAGUGGAUUGAUAUCGACAUGUACGAUGGUCCACCACUAAAGACGAAUCCAAAGAAAGGAGCAGAGGUGCCUGGGCUUAAGGCCAGUGAAGACACAAGUCAGAACGCGGCUAUUAUCCGUCUCUUUGGUGUCACUAUGGAAGGCCACAGUGUGCUCAUGCACGUCCAUGGUGUGCUGCCUUAUUUCUACUGCGUCUGUCCGGAUGACUUCGAUGAAAAUCGCUGUGGAGAUGUGAGGCAGGCACUGGAUGCUGCCGUGAGUCAGCGAGAUCGAGACAGCAGUAGCAAUGCACGCGUCGUGGGGGUGCAAGUGGUGCGGGACAAGAUGUCCAUCUAUGGCUACCAGUUUGAUAGAACCACGACGCUUUUCAAGAUCUUUUUGAGUAUGCCUAGCUACGUUCCAAAGCUCCGUAGUGCUCUGGAAGCAGGUCUCACGCUCCCUGGCUGCGACUUCCGUAGCUAUCCAAUGUACGAGAGCAAUGUGCCCUUUAUUCUACGUUUCAUGAUCGACGAGAAUAUUAGGGGAUGCAACUGGGUGGAGGCACCGCACGGAACGUACUCGGUUCGCUCUGCUGCCCAGAAAAAGUCAUUAUGUCAGCUGGAGAUCGACAUCACGUACGAUAACUUGGUAAGCCACGCCCCAGAAGGAAAGUGGAGCAAAGUGGCUCCUUUCAGGAUUUUGAGCUUUGACAUUGAGUGCAUGGGUAGAAAAGGCCAUUUCCCAGAAGCAGAUCAGGACCCAGUGAUUCAAAUUGCCAAUGUCGUGCAGGAGCAGGGAUCCCAUACCCCCAUUAUUCGCAACGUUUUUGUUUUGGACACGUGCAAACCGAUUGUGGGUGCUCAUGUCAUGGAGUUUAAAAAGGAAGGAGACAUGCUUGAGAAGUGGGCACGCUUCGUACAGGAAGUGGACCCCGACAUUAUCACGGGGUACAAUAUCGCCAAUUUUGAUAUUCCGUACGUGCUCAACCGUGGCAAGGCGCUCAAGCUGCAGGACUACAACCUCCUGGGCAGAUUAGCGCACACACCGGCUCACAUGGAGAAAAAGAUGUUUAACUCUGCGCAAUAUGGCAAGAGUGAAAACGUAAAAACGUCUAUCCACGGACGAUGCAUGUUCGAUGUACUGCCGAUCAUGCGCCGCAGCCAACAGUUGAGUUCAUACUCUCUGAAUGCAGUAAGUGCUGCCUUCUUGGGUCAACAGAAGGAAGACGUGCCCCAUGGAAUCAUCAGUGAUCUGCAAAGAGGAUCGGAUGAUGAUCGUCACCGUCUCGCUGUCUAUUGUUUGAAAGAUGCCUAUUUACCGCUGCGUUUACUGGACAAACUCUCGUACCUUGUCAAUUAUAUUGAAAUGGCGCGUGUAUCGGGCGUUCCAAUUGACUUCCUGAUUGAACGCGGCCAGCAGAUCAAGGUCUUUUCCAUGCUUUUGCGCAAGUGCAAGGACGCAUCACUUGUUGUGCCGACACUUCCUCGGUCUCAGAUCAACGAUGAUGCAGGCUACGAAGGUGCCACGGUGAUUGAGCCUAAGAAGGCAUUCUACUCGGUACCCAUCGCGACGUUGGAUUUUGCGUCACUGUAUCCGUCGAUCAUGCAGGCGUAUAAUCUUUGCUACUCUACACUAGUUGCGCCUGGAGAUGCGGACAAGUUGGCUCCGGGUGCCUACCAGAAAUCUCCAUCAGGCGACAUUUUUGUGACAAGCAAGAUGAAAAAGGGUAUUCUGCCGCUGAUUUUGGAGGAAGUGCUGGCAGCACGAAAGCAGGCGAAGCGAGAUAUGAAUGCUGCCACUGAUCCGAUGGAGAAGGCAGUGCAAAAUGGUAGACAGCUUGCUCUUAAGGUGAGUGCAAAUUCUGUGUAUGGCUUUACGGGCGCCAUUGUCGGGCAAUUGCCGUGUAUUCCCAUUGCUUCGAGUACAACAGCGUAUGGUCGCCAGUUGCUGUUUCGUACGCGUGAGGAGGUUGAACGCGUGUACACAAUUGCGAAUGGGUACAAGGCGGACGCAGAUGUGAUAUACGGUGAUACGGAUUCCGUAAUGAUCAAAUUUGGCGUUGACACCAUAGAAGAAGCCAUGCCGCUGGCCGAAGAGGCUGCCAAGCGCGUGUCGCUAAUUUUUCCAAACCCAAUCAAGCUUGAAUUUGAGAAAGUAUAUUUCCCGUACUUGCUUAUGAAUAAAAAGCGAUACGCCGGUUUGCUCUGGACAAACCCAGAGAAAUACGACAAGCUGGAUUCGAAAGGUCUUGAGACCGUGCGUCGUGACAACUGCUUGCUGGUACGGCGAAUGGUGGAGUCAGUAUUGCGCAAGAUCCUCAUUAACCGCGACGUGCCGGGUGCUAUUUUGUACACGAAAAACGUCAUUUCGGACCUUCUACAGAACCGUAUUGAUAUUUCGCUGCUGGUGAUCACGAAAGGGCUAAAGAAGACGGUUGAUCAAGAUGACUAUAAGGUAAAACAGGCCCACACUGAAUUGGCUGAACGCAUGCGCAAGCGUGAUGCUGGGUCCGCUCCAGCACUUGGUGAACGUAUCGCUUAUGUGAUUAUCGACAAGGGUAAAGCCACACCACUGUACGAAAAGGCGGAAGACCCUGUGUAUGCCUUGGAAAAUAGCAUCCCAAUUGAUUGCGACUACUAUCUCAAGCAGCAGUUGCAGAAUCCGCUGGAGCGUAUUUUCGAGCCCAUUAUUGGCCUGAGCAAAGUCAAGUCGGACCUGCUCAACGGUACACACACCCUCAAGCGCUCUAAACCCAUUUUGAAGCAGAACAGCGGCGGGAUGAUGAACUUUGCGGUGAAGAAACUCAAGUGUCUAGGCUGUAAGGCCCCGCUAAGCGGCAAAGGAGCGCUUUGCCGCAGCUGCGUAGAGCGGGAGGCAGAAGUGUUUUCACGGCAGCUCCAGUCGGUCAAUGAGCUUGAGCAUAUGUUUGCGCGACUAUGGACGCAAUGCCAAAACUGCCAGGGCAGUCUGCAUCAAGACGUGUUGUGCACCAGUCGCGAUUGUCCCAUUUUCUACAAGCGCAUUAAGGUUCAAAAGGACCUUGGAGAGACUCAAGCCUCGUUGGAACGUUUUCAAUCCAUGAAUUGGUAG